GCGGCGUUGGGAGCGGGGUUGCGGCGGUGCCGCGGUCCGGCGCGCGGUGGAGGGCGCGGGCAGGCGCUCCCGGACGGCGCCCUCCAUGGAGGCUUUCCCCGGAGGCAAGCUGGAGCCGCACCGGCACCUCCCUCCCGUAGAGCGCCUGCCGGGCGCCCGCUACGGCGGCCGGAGCCACAGCGCCUGCGGAAACGUCUUCAAUUCGUGGAACGAUUACCUGGGGCUGGCCACGCUCAUCACCAAGGCCGUGCGCCCCGGCAAGGGCUUCGGCGCCGAGCCGCCCGCCGUGGUGGUGGCGGCGGCCGAAGAAGAGGAAGAAGAAGAAGAGGAGGAGGAGGAAGAAGCGGCGGGGCCGUACUUCGAGGGCGCGCUGGACUUGCACGAGCUGGAGCUGUGCGGGCACCACCACCAUCACCACGGCGACGGGCUGCUGGAGGAGCGCUACGCCGACUUCAGCCCCUUCCCCGGGCGCGGCGGCCCCGCCGCGGUGCUGUUCGACUGCUCGGGGGAGCACGCGGGCCGGGACGGCUCGGCUCACGCGUGGGGUGCGGGCGUGGUGGUGGCGGCGGGUCGGCUGCCCUCUCACCCGCGUGCCGCGGGCCGCCUGCUGAAGCCUGAGCUGCAGGUGUGCGUCUUCUGCCGGAACAACAAGGAGGCGGUGGCUCUGUACACCACGCACAUCCUGAAGGGACCCGACGGCCGCGUGCUGUGCCCGGUGCUGCGCCGCUACACCUGUCCCCUGUGCGGCGCCAGCGGGGACAAUGCCCACACCAUCAAGUACUGCCCGCUGUCCAAAAUGCAGGCGGCCAAACAGCUCCGGCACGCCCGGACCGCGCUGGGCAAGAAAGCCCGCUAGGAGCGGGGCGCGGGGGGACUGGCGGGCGGCUUCGGAGCGGCCGGGACGCCCUGUACGUGUUUCUUGUAAGAAAUAUAUAUAUAUGUGGUUUUUAAGAAAAUGGGAUUCGCCGCGAGUCCCGACGGGGGCAGCGCUCGGGGCGGGCGGUGUCUCUCCCCGCUGCCCGCCCGGCCCGGGGGAACGGCCUCCCGCUGUCCGGCGGGGACUGAAGGGCUCUGAGCCGCUCCCUCGUCCUUCUUGGAACCGUUCGGGUUUCUCGCUCGGUGAUCGGCAGCCCCUCGGCUAAAUGGCUGCAUCCGGGGAUGGGGAGGAACGGGACGGUGCCGCCCGGCUCCCUGUGCGUAACGCACGGCUUUGAGGCUGGGAGGUUGGAGCGGCGAAGGACUGGCGGGGGUUGCGCGGUGAGCCCUUCUGGGGGGGCACAGAGCGGACCCUGGUGUGUUUGUGGGCUUCUGAGGAGACCCAGAGCACGGUGCGAAACUGACGAAAGGAAGGUGAUGCGUUUGUAAGGCUGAAGAGUGUGGCUUUAUCUGGAUGCGGGGGGCAGAUCCACCCGUGUGGUUACCAAGUAGCUUUCACGUAUACCGAACACGGGACGCAGCUCCGGGAAGUGCUGAGAGCCGGCACGGGGCUGCGUCGAUCUCGAGAGGUGGGGAAUUUGUUUUUAUUGCAAUUUGAGGCAGGAGAAGGAGCGGCAGCAGCAGGUCUGUGGGUCUCUUCGGAGCCCUUUGGUGCCAGGAGGGCAGUGCAGAAGGGUUCUGCUCUAGAUGGCUGUACCCAGAUUCACCUGAGGGUGAGAAAGUCACCGGGUCCUAAUGGGAAGGGAAGCUGGGCAAGUGAGAAGUGACAGGUAUCAGAGUGAGUUCCUGCUGGGGAGCUACCCGGCAGGGUGGGAGAUUGAAGCAAGCAAGUGGGAUGGGCAGGAGAGCAGUCAGGAUGUGCAGGAUUGGGAACAGGGGUCACUAUUCAAAACUGCAGCUGAGAACAGGGUUGUGGAUGGAAGCGCUCUAUUCAGGCUUCAUCAGAUUGCUUCAAUGAUGGCAUUAGGUCUAAUUAGCAAAUGUAAAUGGACUUGCAUUAAGUAACAUCUUGCUGUGGCUACAGCUGGUUGUACGGAGCUGCCUGUUGGUUGUGAUGAUACCAGCUGUGUGCUGUCCCUCCUUCCAUGAGGCUUGCCCUGCAGGUUCUCAGCUGGUAGGAUUUAGGUGUUGGAUUUUAUGAUGUCUGUCUGCACCACAGAUUGGGAUUGAGCUCCAGUGUAAUGCUGUGGGGAAAAAAAUCUUUUUGUUAGCUUCUUGUGGGAAUGUUGAAAAUGAGUAGACGCGUUUCAAUUGAGGUGACUGUUCAUGGACACAAAAGCAAGAAAGAUGUAAGGAAAAGAUCUCAGAUGCUUUCUGAGGGGACAUUCCGAGAGGGCUGCCAUACACUUGCCUCCCCUGGUUUGCAGCUUAAGCUACCCCAUAGCAACUGCCCCACUGCACCGCCUGGGAGCUUGUCAAGACAGCAGAUCUCCCUGUCUUGGAUGCCAGCCCUGUCCUUGUGCAGCACCUGUCCCUGCCCUCCACCUGGGUGAGAAGCAAGCUGCUCUUGUGAUGGUGCCUCCUGCUGUGUGUGCUCAGAGUCCUGCUCUCCGUGUGUACCUGCACUGCGUGGCAUCAGACCUGGGAGUCGGGUCCCAGCAGGAUCCCUUCUCCUUCUCCCCAUCUCUCUCUCGAUCUUUCGAUGCUGACGGGGGAGCAGAAGCUGGAGGAGCAGCAGGGGCAGGAGCUGACCGCCGAACUGUUUCACGUUCUUCCCCACGUUCUUCUCUCCUGUCGUCAGCACGCCGCCACGAGCUUGCUACAAACACAGAAGACAUUAAAACCACCUUUUGUCAUGUCCAACCAGCAGCCUGCAGGAGUUUAAACAAACAAGCCUAGCACCAACAGUCUGAUUUACUGAUUCUCACUCUUGCCAAAAGCUAAUAUGAAGAUGACAGCCAAAUGCACAGCUUAAUUUUAUAGUGAAGUAAUGGACAGGAACUACUCAUGCCUGUUAGAGAUGUACGAUUGCUGUCAGCAAGUGAAGUGUCAUUUUCAAAACAAAGUAACUGCAAUAAGAAUGUUCUAGUGAUGUACAUGGUUUUACAAUGUAAAAUACAUCCUUAUAUUAUCAGAAUUAAAAGCACAAAAGCGUCUCUUUAGAAACAACUGAAAAAUAUUUAGGUGUUCUAUAUCUCAGCAGCCCUUUGCUGUUCAGCAUUACUGAAGUCAGACGUGACACCGGAUUACACAGCUCCCCUGAUACUAGUCCUCAGCAUUCUUCACUAUAUGAAGAAUUGUUCGUUUCCAUCAGAAGGAGCAUAAGAAUUACACCCCAGCUAUAAACAAAACUGUCAAAUACUAAACCAGAUGGUCAAAAAAUAAAGUAGUUCUUGAUAUUGUUUUAUAACACAUGCAUAUAUAUAUAUAUAUAUAUAUAUAUGUAUAUAUCUCCCCACCCCGGGAACCCUCAACCUUUAUGCUAGCUGCAGUCCUGCAAGGUGUGUUCUGUUCCAGUUUGCUCUGAGAUCAGCUGCAUGACAGCACCCACAAGCAGGGAGCACCGAUGCUCAGGGCAGAAACCAAAUGAAAUUCUGAACGUGAGAACUCCAGAUUGGCAACAUGUGGUAUCUCAGGCUAAACAUCUUUUUUGUUACUGGUUUUUAUAGGAGACAGCAAAGUAUAAAUGAAUGUACAUAAUUAAAACUCAUUAAUGUACAUAUUUAAAGUAGGUUAUAUUCAUAAAAAAUAAAUAUCACUAAUAGUCUGAAACCCAUAAGGCCUUAUUUGCAAAUACUUCUCUGUUUUGAGAAAUUACUUUCUGGGACACCUCUCUUGAUGACUGGACUAUAAAAAACUUUCAUUCACCUCAAAUGUAAUGUGACAAAUAACUGCAGACUUAAAAUGUUAUCCUUCUACUGCAGAUCUGAAUUGCUACUAUGAUAGAAAAGAGUAAAACUAAAAACAAGAUUCAUGGAAAAUGUUGCAAUUGCACUACUGCUGCUUUGUAUUAUGUUGUUACAUACAGGGUGUUUACGUGGCCGAAAAGAAUCUUCUCCUAAUGCUGCCAGAGUAACAUGGAGGACCUGUAGUAACUGCAAGCCUUUAGGAACACAAAACAAACAUACGUUCUUCACGCUCAGAUCUGAGGGGAGGGCCUCUUCUGAGCGGUGGUUCUCUGUCAUCAGCACGGCGAUCUCUCAUGUCACGGCCACCUCUGUCCCAUUCUUCACGACGACUUGAAUCCCUCCAGCUAGAUGUUUCCUCAGCUGGUCCCCUUCUCCAACCAGCAUCGUCCCUUUUGCCAUUGAAAAUGGAAAAUAAGACUAAAUGUUCAUGUUUUAUCUUUGCUACAGAAAGAAGUGAUGAUGACACAGGUAUUUUCAGGUCCUAUGGGUCUCUAUUUAAUAUGCUGACUUCCAAAAUCUUUUCUGGAGCCUAACAUGAAAUAUGAUGUACAGGGGAAAAAAAGCAAAACAUUUAAACGCAGAAUCUGGGAUUCACUCCAUUAGCAUUUUAAGAACAACGAACCACUAUGCCACUAUCCAUUUACUACCUUAAAGAACCCCAUUUCUCACACACCAACCACGGUUCAUUUCACCACGUGAAGUCACACUGCUCCUUAAUUACACAAACCUGGGACGUCUGAAACGAUCAUCUCGAUCAAAAUCCCUUUCUCUGUCAUAUUCGCGGUCUUUCUCACUCUCGUCACGAUCUUUGUCUCUAUCCCACUCACGGUCUCCAGGGGGCCUGGAGUCUCGGGGAGGCCCCCAGCUGUCCUCACGAGCCUUCUCACGCUCUCUCCAUCCCCCUGCAAGCAACAAAGUCAAAGGAAUUUAUGAAUAACUUCUAAUAAUCCCUCAAAAAGAUGCAUUUACUUCUCUCCCAUAAACUGUUUUGGAUUUUUUUUUAAUAGGAAAAAGAUACUGGAGUGCAAAUAAAAUGACUCGUGAUAA